AUGAAUUUCGAUGUUGGAGGUCCAUCAUAUUUAUCAUCAUCUUCAUCUUCGGAUGAUGAUAAUUUUCUGACCAAUAUCAUUGCAGAGAUUAAUGAAACCGAAGAAGUAAUUUGUGAGUACAUCAACAACAACAUGAUCAUCGCUAACAAUUUACGUCAACAAAACUACCAACCAAUCCAUGGUGGCUCGAUUCCCGGUCAUGCAGUGAUCAACCGCGAUCGAGAAACUGCGCAUCAGAAUUUGGUCAUAGAUUACUUUGUCGAUAAUCCACGUUUUGGAGAAGAUAUGUUUCGUCGUCGAUAUCGGAUGUCAAGAAGUUUGUUCAUUCGUAUUGUUGAUGCAGUGAAAGAUCACGACCAUUACUUCCAACAACGAAGUGAUAGACUUGGUAGAAUGGGAUUAUCACCGUUACAGAAAGUAACAGCUGUUUUUCGCAUGUUGGCAUACGGUCUACCAGCUGAUGCAACGGACGAAUACAUUAAAAUAGGUGAGUCAACAGCAAUUGAAAGUAUGACAAGAUUUUGUCGUGCUAUGGUGGAGAUAUUCACAGAAUGGUAUCUACGAACACCUAACGCUAACGAUAUUGCUAGGCUACUCUAUAUUGGACGUAGUGGGUCACCAACUAUUAUCCUUGAAGCUGUGGCAGAUUAUGAUCUUUGGAUAUGGCAUGCAUAUUUUGGUAUGCCAGGCACCAAUAAUGAUAUCAAUGUGUUGGAGUCAUCUAAUCUUUUCUCUAACCUAGCUCAAGGUAUUGCUCCUCCCGCUCACUAUGUUAUUCAAGGAAAAGAGUAUAAUAUGAGUUAUUAUUUAGCUGAUGGUAUAUAUCCAAAAUGGGCUACUAUUGUACAAACAAUCCAACAGCCACAAGGAUCACCACGUUUUUGGAAAAAACAUGUAUUACAUGACAUAAUGAUUGUAUACAUUAUUAUGCACAAUAUGAUAAUCGAGGAUGAACGUGAUCUUUAUGCACCAAUUCAAGAAGUGAGGGAAGCACCAACACCAGAAGUUGAUAUGGUAGCAGAUGAAACUACAAGAUUUACUCAAUUUAUUGCACGUUACGGAAAAAUCAAGGAUAAAGAUGCCCAUAUUGCGCUUCGUAAUGCAUUGAUAGAUCAUCUAUGGGAGGAAUACACUAAUUCAGAUAGUUAA